AUGGAAUUAACUUCGUGGCAACAGAUCUUUCUCAUAAUUGCUAGUUUUGUCAUCGCCAGGAGAAUAUUGCCCAGCUUUCGCUACUGGCGUUCCGUUGUUCGAUAUGGUUGCAGCCCAGUGCCCUGGUAUCCCCACUGGGAGCCCGUCGUUGGGUACGAUUUGUACCGCAAAAUGAAAGCCGCAAAAGAAGGAAAUAGACUUGACUCUUUCAUAGCAGAGAUUCUAUCAAAGUAUGGCAACAAGAAAACUCUGAUGUCGUUGAUAUGGGGUUUGCCUACAUUGAUCUCAUCCGAUCAUCGACUUGUCCAGGUGAUUCUAACUACUAAAAUGGACGAUUUCGUAGUCGCGCCCAUUCGGAAGGUUGCCAAUGAACCAUUCUUUGGACAAGAUGUGUUUGUUUCAGACGGAUUGGCCUGGAAAAUGAACAGAAAGUUCGUUCAGCCACUCUUACGAAAAAGUCGUUUCGCAGAUUUAAGCUGCCUUGAGAAACACGGCAAUCGCCUCUUUAUGCAGCUACCCGCAGACGAGAACACUCAAGUGGACCUGCAGAGAUUGUUUACUUUUAUGUAUGUCGAUGUCGCCACAGAACUGGUCUCUGGCUGUUCUAUGAACUCGCUGGUCCCAGAAGGAAGAGAAAAGGCCAAAGAGUUUCUUGCUACACUCGAGAGAGUCAACAAAGGCGUACAACGCCGCAUCAUGCUGGCCCCCGUCUUGAAAUUCGCCAGCAGGGAUUGCGAGUUCGAAGACGCCUGCAAGCAAGUCCACCAGCAUUUCGAGGACUACAUCGACAAAGAGAUUUCAGGAGAUACAAGCGGUCAGCAAGAAGGACGUCCAACCUUAGUUCGCGAUGCCCUCUGUGUCAGCCAAGACCGAUCCUUUGUCCGAGAUCAAUUGAUCGGAUUCUUCUUACCAAUGCAUAGUUCCUCAGUCUUUACACUUAGCGACUUGUUUUUCCAGUUGGCACGAGCACCGGAGGUUUGGAAGGCUCUCAGAAAUGAAAUUGUAGCUCAGAGAGGAGUACCUCUGACGUUUGAGCUUUUGAAGUCCAUGACAUUCCUACAAGCGGUUAUACGAGAGAGUAUUCGCUUGCUGGCACCCGCUGAUCGAAUCAUCAGGAUGUGUCUCAAGGAUUGCAUGCUACCGUGUGGUGGCGGUUCUUCCGGGGAUGAUCCGAUUUAUGUCAUGAAGGGAACGCUUGUAGACUUUCGUUCAAGUGUUUUACAUCGAAACAAACAAUUCUGGGGACAAGAUGCUGAGCUAUUCAGGCCAGAAAGAUGGCUUGAAGGAAAUAUUAGGCCCAAGUGGGAAUAUGUUCCGUUCGGUGGAGGAGCAAGAAUCUGUCCAGCGCAGCAAAUGAUCUUGACACAUUAUGCAUAUAUACUUUCCAGGUUCGUUCUUGAAUUUGAGACACUGGAGAACAGGGACCCUUGUUUUGAGUUCGUUGCAGAAUUCAACCUGUCAAAGAGAAGCCGUAAUGGAGUACAAGUAGCUUUGAGAAGAGACUUUGCGACCUGCGCUCGAAGAGGAAGAAAAACUCGUCCAUGA